AUGAGGGCAACGAACCCAACCCCGACUUGGGAAGACUUCAAGGAGACCUUCUUUUGGAACUACUUCCCUGAUAGCUUUUGGGAUAGGAGGGAGAGUGAGUUCUCCAAUUUGGUUCAAGGGUCCCGAUCAGUGCUAGAAUACAAACAAAGGUAUGAGGAGCUAUACUGCUUCACUCCAGAGCACAUUCAGAAUGACAGGGCCAAGGCCAAGAAGUUUGAAAAAGGGUUGAGUCCAAGUAUCAGUUCUACUAUGGUUGGGUUGAAGUUGCAGAUAUAUACUGAAGUGGUCCAAGUGGCCAAGUCCCUUGAAGACCGACAUAGGGACAAUUUCUCGGCCCAGAAAGGAAUGUGGAAGAGGCCCAUGGUGUCCUCUGAUUCUAGGGGAGCCAACAAGCUAUCAAGAGGUCCUUAUAUCAACCCAACUUCAGUCCAGUCAAGAAAUCCUGAAGCAAGUCAAGCCUCCCAGUCCUCCUGCUCCCGUGGUCUAUCUCAGUCGGUGGGCUCAAACCUCAGGAGCAUCCCAUUUGUUCAUGUCACCAACAUUUGCAAGAAAGAUGGGAAUUCCACCUAA